GCCGCUCGUGCUCGGAAGCCGGAGCCGCGCUGCAGCUCUCGGGGCCACUCCCGUGGAGCGGCUGCCGCCGGCCCCGCUGCCCGCACGGGCCCCGUGCGAGACGCUGCCGCCGGUCUCCCGGGUGUCGGGCCCGGGACAGAGGGGCCCAGAGCUGCCAUGACCACAGGCGACUGCUGCCACCUGCCCGGCUCCCUCUGCGACUGCCCGGGAAGCGCUGCCCUCGCCAAGUCGGUGGAGGAGGCGGGCAUGGGCCGCCCGCAGUACAUCACACAGGUGACGGCCAAGGACGGCCGGCUGCUCUCCACCGUCAUCAAGGCGCUGGGUGCCCAGAGUGAUGGUCCCAUCUGUCGAAUCUGUCAUGAAGGUGGAAAUGGGGAGGGACUGCUUUCCCCAUGUGACUGCACAGGAACACUGGGCACCGUGCACAAGAGCUGCCUGGAAAAAUGGUUAUCCUCCUCCAACACAAGUUACUGUGAGCUCUGCCACACAGAAUUCGUUGUAGAAAGAAGACCAAGACCCUUGACAGAGUGGCUGAAGGACCCCGGGCCCCGCAAUGAGAAGAGGACGCUGUUCUGUGACAUGGUGUGUUUCCUGUUCAUCACUCCACUGGCGGCCAUCUCGGGCUGGCUGUGUCUGCGCGGGGCCCAGGACCACUUGCAGUUCAACAGCCGGCUGGAGGCCAUCGGACUCAUAGCCCUCACUAUAGCACUUUUCACCAUCUACGUCCUCUGGACACUGGUCUCAUUCCGCUACCACUGCCAGCUGUACUCGGAGUGGCGAAGGACCAACCAGAAAGUGCGGCUGAUGCUCCCAGCCUCGCGGAGCCCUCACCCCGUGCCCCAGUCCCUCCUCUCCGCCAAGCUCAUGAAGAAGGCCGCGGAUGAGACCACAGUCUGAGCCGUCCCAUGGCCGGCCAGGGGGAAGGGUGGGGCGUCCCCACAGGCCCAGGGACCGUGGCAGCUGUGGGGGCACUGGAGAACAAUCAUCCCACCCAAAGGGACUCUGCGCUCAGCACGUGCUUUAGAUCUUGGCAAAGAGACGCAUAAUCAACAUCUGUGGGUGAAACGGCCCAGAAGAGCCUGAUGGCAGAACAUGCCUGUCUGCAGGGACACUUUCCUAUAACGAAACACCAUACAUGGAAAACAUCUCCCUCUUUCUCUCUCUAUAUAUAUCUAUAUAUAAUAUUAUUUUUAAAUGGCUAUGCAUAUUGUGUUUCAAUCCUUUUGUGUUGAUGUUCUAAGCUUCAGGAUAGAAGCUGGCAACCUGAUCUCAUUCCGAGGUUAAAUCAAUGCCUUUUCUCCAAAUGAGCAUAUGAGGAACACUUUUCAUCAACCAUUCUUGAAAGUCCCCUUCUCCUUUGCACUAAAUUGGUUUUGAUAUACUGCAGCAGCCUUCCCAUUACUCUUUCGUCUCUUUUGUGGUGUUCUGUCCUUUCUAGAAGGUUGAGUGUUUUUAAUAAUUAUUAUAAUCCCAGAAGGAGUAAAAUGUCGUAAUACUGGAGACAUUUUGUAUUGUAAAGUACUGUAAUUUUGAGAAUUUCAAAAUCAGUUUCAGAAUGAGAGAAUCUUUUCCGGUGCAGACGUGAUCUCACAAAAUGCUUUCCUUGAGAUCCUGGCUUAUCCCCAGGACUCAGAUGCACUCAGCCCUUGGUCUGUCUGGCAAAGGUAGAUGGAGGAUCCGAGGGUAGGAAGAGAUGGCUCCGUACUAGCUAAACCCACCAUUGCCUUUGCUUUGAAAAGAUUGAGAAAGGAGCUUUCCUGACCCCAGAAGGUUGGAGUUGGAGCCUCUGUUUGCUGAUGUCCUUUUGCCAGCUUGAGGCUGGACCUCCUGUAGCAUCAAUUUCACACGUACCUUAGGGGACAGGCCAUGCCCUGCGGCGCUGGCAGGACGCAGGUGCUCUUGGCUGUCUCUGCGCUUUAUUUGCACAUUCCAAAGGAGCUGCUGGGAUUGGGUUCAUCCCCGGUAGCGCUGCCUGCCUGUUGUGUCCUCUAGUAAAACCCCCCCAGUUUGCUGGUCCCAGAGAACAGGCUCUGGGUCCCUUGUCUUAUGGGGCUGGUGUUCCUCCUUCUCCUCCUCCUUUCACCUGUGUUUCCAUCACAUGCAGCUCUCAAAGGCCUCUGUCUCAGAGUGCCCCCUCUGCCAAGAGUCCUCCUGGUUUGGCUUUGGUCCUUGCUUCUGCCCCUUCUCACCUUGCCAGACAGUGCCUGGUGCUGAGCUUUCUUGAGUCUCUCGAGUGGCACAGGCUGUGAGGAUGCUGGUGGUGAUGCUGCCCUGCCAAGUGCUCCAGAGGUGUGUGCAGCUCCUUUGCUGGAGCCUGGGCUCUGGCUCCAUGGUGGCGAGGGUAGAGAGCAGGCAAGAGGCAGGCUCUGAGGGACCUGUGUCCUUGCAGUGGGUGGUGGUGGUCAUGCACUAUGUCCCUCUGCCCCUUUGCUGAAAGCAAGUGGGUCAGCGCAAUGCCCUGUGAGAUGGAGAUCUGUAAUUUCCUGAAUUCAAAGCACCAUAUGCACUUCCUCCUCCUCUCUAGCUGCAAAACAGGAUGUGUUUCCUUUUGUGUUCCCUCAGCCUGAGCUGGAAGUUGCUGGUGGCCUGAGCAGCAGGGACCAGUGUGCCAUCUUGCCCAACAGGAUUGCUCCAGCCCUUGACCCUGGUGUCUGCUCUCCUCUGUUCCCUCUCCCAGGUGCAGCUUGGGGAUGCCCCGACACAUCUUGCAGCAGCCUCUCUGGCUUGAGGGCUGCUCUGUACUGGUCUCUCUUCCAAGCGUGAGGGGUUGGUGUGACUGUGGGGUCAAUGUCCUCUGCUACAGCCAGACUGCACAUCUCUGCUCCCCUCUCUCAGCCAGCCCCCUGACUGUCCCUUCCCUUCUUCCACAUACCUGUGGGUGUCUGCCCUUUUCCCAGUCAUGCACUCAUGCAGGGAUUACUCUGUUUCUGGUACUCUUGGUGGAGAGGCUGCUGCAGCUCAGCUCCAGUCACAGUCCCUGCUCCAGUCCCAUCUCAUUCCCAUGCAGGCGCUCCCUGCCCUGCACACCCCUUCCAUGGCAGCAGGCUCUGCUCCACUGCUCUGUGCCUUGUCCUGGGUGCCCCUUCCUUCAUCCCCUUCCCAACAACCCCCUUGUCACCAGGACAUCACCAGUGAAGAAAAAUAGGGGGUAGUUUAACCUUCCCAGCCUUGGCUGUCUCCCAGGAGCUUGGCCCCACAAGGCUUCAAGUUCUGGCAGGUGAUGAGGGAUGCUGUCUCCCAUAGCAUGUCCCCAGGGUAAGGUCUUCAUUAAGCCAGUGUUCCAGUUAAGAAACCCACUGUCAAUCCAAAUAUGCAAUUGUGAAAGCCAGAAGCCCUUGGCUGGGGCACUGGGGGCCCAGUCUGUGUGUGGCUGUGGCUGCACUCAGCAUCCUUGGCUUUGUUGUCAUUGCCAAUAAUUGGAGCUGUUGCAUGUGCCCCCACAAGACCCAGUAGUGACUCUUUGAGACUUGUCCUCCUUCCCAGAGAUGUUCAGCUCCUGGAUGUGGGCAAUCGGUGUCUGACCCACCACGUUCCAAUGCGUUCUGGGGAAACGGGCUGUGCAAUGAUGUAAAUAAAAGUGAGUUAAACUUUG